AUGUCGGAUGCACCAAGAAGAGAUGCAGAAAGUCUAGUCCUUGCCUUGAAUCUGAUCACACCUUUCUGUCUGGCUGAGUCUAGUCAGGACGUCUCCCUGAUUGCGAUGUGGCUAAAAACAAGGGGAAAGAAAGGCCAGGUGUGUGGCAGCUCCGUGGUGAUGCACCCCAGCUUCUCCCACACGUCACCCUCGGCACCCAGGCUGGAGAAGAUGGGCCUGGAGGAAAGAAGAUCCCCGCGCCCAGCCCCCAGCCCGCACCUGGAUAAACACGCGCCGCCAGCCCCGCCGCCAGCGGCGGACCGACGGCCUGGCGGCAGGGACGGCCAGGCGGCCGGAGCGGCCCGGCAGCGGCUCACUUCAAAGCGGCAGCGGCCGCCAGCGGGAGGGGGCCCUAAUCAGGCCCGGCUGCUGCCGCCUGGGCUCACAGCCCUGCCCGGCCGGCCCGCGCCGCCCCCGCCAUCUGCUCCGCGUUAG